AUGGAAUUGCGUGGCAGAGUGCAGAAGGCCAAUGAGACACUACAAGACUUUGCAUUGGAAAUCGAGCGAUUGAUACAGCUUACUUAUCCAGGAGAACAUCACCCGUUUUUGGAUAUUUUCAAGAUAGAGGCAUUUGUAAAUGGCAUACGUGAUCCUGAGAUAAAACAUGCGGUUUGUGCCACACCAAAGCCAUCAUUCGCUGAAACUGUCUCAUUUGCGCUGGCACAAGAAACGGCUAAAAUAAUUUCAAAGCCACAAAUAUUCAAGGUACGAAAUGUCGAGGUUGUCGCUGAAAACGAAAGGAAUAUAGUCACUGAGAUAAAAGAGGCAGUUUUAGAGGCUUUAAAUGAGAAACAAAAUAAAGCCAAAAUCAAAUGCUAUAACUGUGGAAAAACCGGACAUAUUCAGCGAAACUGCAAAGCACAAAGAAAACGUACCAGAUCGGUCUCACCGCCAAGAAACAACCAACAGGUAAAUCAUCACUCAUCACAAGAAUCACCUUUAAAUUAA